AUGUCGUCACGUUUGAAGGCUCCAGAUGUCAGAAAAAGGAGAACAUCUUCUGUGGGGGCAAUUAAUCUCGGGGACACAACCGUCCCUGGGCUUUCUACGAUGUCAGAGAGCCGGGAAUCAAGAAGUGCGGCAGCUGCACGCAUGAAGGCCCUUUCAGAAGCCUCGAAAGGAGAUGCUGAUCUGUUAAAAAAACUGGUACUUACCUAUAGAGAGAUGAGCUAUCGUCAUACGUGGUUGACGUCCCUUGUUAUCCUAUUGAUUGUAUAUUUGGCUUACUUCACGUCAGGCAAUCGAACUGCAUCUAACCCACUCCAUAUGUUCGUGGCCAUUUCUUAUCAAGUAGGUGACACCGACAUGUACGCAAAGGGAAUUAAGGAUCUUGGCUUUGUGUUCUUCUACAUGAUUUUCUUUACCUUCUUACGCGAGUUCAUGAUGGAAGUUAUAUUGCGUCCUUUAACCCAUAAGCUUGGUAUCACCAGUCAGCAUAGAGUCAAGAGAAUGAUGGAGCAGACCUACUCGAUCUUUUACUACGGUAUCUCUGGGCCCUUUGGUCUCUACAUCAUGUACCAUACCGAUCUUUGGCUGUUCGCAACAGAGCCCAUGUACAAAACUUAUCCAGAUUUGACGAAUCCUUUCCUUUACAAAGUGUUUUACCUUGGGCAAGCUGCAUUUUGGACCCAACAAGCAUGCAUUCUGGUCUUACAGCUCGAGAAACCCAGAAAGGACUUCCAGGAAUUGGUUUUCCAUCAUGUGGUGACACUGGCACUCAUUUGGCUAUCUUACGUCUUCCAUUUCACUAAAAUGGGGCUUGCUGUUUACAUCACCAUGGAUGUCUCUGACUUUUGCUUGUCACUGUCGAAGACCCUCAACUACUUGGACUCUGCGUUAACGCCUCCAGUUUUCGUUUUGUUCGUGUUUUCAUGGAUAUACUUGCGUCACUGGGUUAACAUCAAAAUUUUAUGGUCAGUCCUAACUGAAUUUCGAACAUCCGGCAACUAUGUUCUCAAUUUUGCUACUCAGCAAUACAAAUGCUGGAUCUCAUUACCAAUUGUCUUUAUUCUGAUCUUAGCACUUCAGCUCGUUAACAUCUAUUGGCUUUUCUUGAUUAUGAGAAUCUUGUAUCGCCUUCUUUUCAAGGGCAUCCAGAAAGAUGAGCGUAGCGACAGCGAGUCUGAAGAAGACAACAACGAUCCCCAAAAUAAAGAGGACAAAGCUACUACGCAGCCUUUGAAGAAAGACAUGUAA